GGGUUGCAUACAACUACUAUUGGUUUAUUUACGUAUAAAAAAAUAAUUGUAUGCAACCGAUUACAACGAAACCAUACAAUCAAAACCAAUAUGUAGAGAAAUUAUCCUGUACAUCCGCAAUAUCAGCAUAUCACGUGAUAUAUCGAAUACAUCUAACAAUUUAUUUUCAAUAUAAAUUCUCCCACAACCUUUACAUUCAGCAGAACAUCUCUCUCCCUUUUUCAAUUCACAGCCAAUCUCUCUCUCCAUAUUCUCCAAUAAUGGCUUCCUCUCUUCAUCUUCUUCUUCUUGUCUCAGUCUCAUGGAUCUCCCUCCUGGCUCUGGUAAUAUCACCAGCACAGGCAGCCACCUGCAGCUCACAGACAUUCAAGAACAACAAGCUCUACCCCAACUGCAGCGACCUCCCCUUCCUCAGCUCCUACCUCCACUGGACCUACAAUGCCUCCAAUUCCUCUCUCUCCAUCGCCUUCGUGGCGACGCCGUCCAAAUCUGAAGGCUGGGUGGCGUGGGCCAUCAACCCCACCGCCGCCAAGAUGGCUGGGGCCCAGACCCUCCUGGCCUACAAAACCGAGGAUGGAGCCCCAGUCGUCAAAACAUUCAACAUCACCUCGUACAGCUCCAUUGUGCCGGGAAAACUCGCGUUCGACGUAUGGGACGUCAGCGCGGAGUUCUCCAAAGGCACGUUCACGAUAUUCGCCUCCGUCAAGGUCCCAAAAGACGCAGCGUCCGUGAACCAGGUCUGGCAGUUGGGCCCCGCCAUCAACAAGACCUCCGGCUUCCCCGUGAAGCAUGACUUCGCCCCACCCAAUCUCCAGUCGUUUAGCACCUUGUACUUGAUGGCCAAUUCCACCACGGGCACUCCCGUUGGUGCUAAUUCCACCGCCAACAGCACUGGUGGUGGUGGUAGCGGAGCUUUGAGGAUUGGGAGUGGAGGAAACAUGGGUGUGUUGUCUGUUUCGGUUUUGGUUCUUGGAGCUCUCAUUGCAAUCUAAAUUUAGUAUUUCGGGUCGGGUUUUUAUUCUUCCUUAAUAUUGUGAUUGAUUGUAUCAAAGUGAGAGAUGGAGGUCUCAGCACGUUUAAGUGGAAUAAUAUUUUUAUAUAUAUAUUCCAUGAUAUUUAUAAAUUCCCAA